UUUUUCUCCAACUCCAAACCAGUAUGACCAAAGCAGCAAGAUAUCAUUCAAAACAGCAAAGAAGUGCUAGAGGUGAAAAUCCCACCGAGUCGCCAGGAUGUGAUGACCAAUGAUGAGCAGUAAUUACUGCAGCAACUCUUCAGCCAGCAUGAGUGUCAACGAAAUGUCUGCCUUCCCUCUGACUUUAGAGCAAAAAACUGGCUUUGCCUUUGUGGGGAUUUUAUGUGUUUUCUUGGGACUUUUAAUYGUCAGAUGCUUCAAAAUCUUGCUAGACCCUUACAGUAGCAUGCCUUCUUCUACAUGGGAAGAUGAAGUAGAGGGGUUGGAUAAAGGGACAUUUGAAUAUGCUCUUGCAUGAAAAGCCAACAGAAUAUCCUGCCUUAAAAUUAAUGUUGAUUUCAUUUUGGAAACCAACUGUUGGUACAUUUGUUAUACAUACUUACAUUUUGCAGAUAUGCUUGUGGCAUCCAUUUUGUUAAAUAAAUAUUUGUUGCAAACUCAAAA